UCCUCCGGCUGCAUUGACUCAGCCUUUUGGCGAGUAGCUCGAUCUGUUCACGCUGGAAAUGCAAGAUUGUAAAUGUCAGGUGAAGUGUAACUUUUAGAAUCAGUUUGCCAUACACAUUGGCUGCUAAAUUCUGAACAGCAGUUGGAGUUUACAGGUAGUUGCAUAACGUGAGAACAUGGCAGAAGCACAUCAGGCCGUUGCCUUUCAGUUCACUGUCACGCCAGAGGGCAUUGACCUACAACUCAGUCGUCAUGCAUUGAAAGAAAUCUACCUAUCGGGCAUCAGGUCCUGGAAGAAGAAAUGUAACAGAAUCAAGAACAAUUUUAUGACCGGUGUUUAUCCAGCUAGCCCAUCCAGCUGGAUUUUUGUAGUGCUGACGGUAGUAGGUACAAUGUACACAAGAGUUGAUCCCUCCAUGGGCCUGAUAGCCAUGCUUCGAGAACAUAUUCCUCUAAGACGAUAUAUGUCACAUCAUGGUCAAAGCAUGGUGAGCGCUAUGCUCUUUGCAACAGGAUUAUGGCUUGCACUGAUUUUUGUUAUGCGGCAGAUCCUCAAAACUCUUCUCUCCUACCAUGGCUGGAUGUUUGAAGAACAUGGCAAGGUGUCCAGUACCACCAAAGUCUGGUUUACACUAGUGAAGAUCUUCUCAGGUCGGAAACCAAUGUUAUACAGUUUCCAGAACUCCCUCCCUCGCCUGCCUGUUCCACCUGUACAAGACACUUUACGAAGGUUUCUGGAGUCUGUGAGGCCCCUGAUGAAUGACGAGGACUUCAGACGGACAAAGGCAUUGGCUAAAGAUUUUGAAAGGAACCUGGCACCUCGGCUACAGUGGUACCUUAUACUCAAAUCGUGGUGGGCAAGUAACUACGUGAGCGACUGGUGGGAGGAGUAUGUCUAUCUACAAGGGCGAGAACCAAUCAUGGUCAACAGCAACUAUUAUGCCAUGGAUUUCUUGUAUGUGACUCCAACCACCAGUCAGGCUGCACGUGCUGGCAAUCUAGUCCAUGCUCUGCUUCUUUACAGACGGAGACUUGCUCGUGAGCAGGUCCAACCGAGUACUCUGCCAGGGUUCCCAAUACCUCUGUGUUCAGCACAGUGGGAAAGAAUGUUCAACUCGACUCGACUGCCAGGCGAGGAGACAGACCGUUUGCAACACCAGGCGGAUAGCAAGCACGUCAUGGUCUAUCACAAGGGCCGUUAUUUUAAGGUGUGGUUAUACCAAGGUGGGCGCCUUCAGAGUCCCAGUGAGCUACAGAAACAAUUUCAAUACAUCUUGGAUGACGCUUCUAUACCUCAACCAGGUGAGAAGUACCUGGCCGCCCUUACUGCAGGAAAGAGAAUACCUUGGGCCAAGGUACGGAAAUCAUACUUCAGCUCUGGAAAGAACAAGACUGCUAUGGACAGCGUGGAAAAAGCAGCAUUCUUUGUCACUUUGGAUGAAGAUACACCUGAGCUGUUUGUGGACAACCAGGUGAAGUCGCUGGAUCAAUAUGCCAAGUCACUGCUACACGGCAAAUGUUAUGACAGGUGGUUUGAUAAGUCAUUCACAUUCAUCGUGUUUGCAAAUGGCAAAGUGGGAUUGAAUGCAGAACAUUCCUGGGCUGAUGCGCCAAUCAUAGGACACCUGUGGGAGUAUGCUUUGGCCACAGACACCUUCCAACUUGGGUACAAGGAAGAUGGCAACUGUAAAGGUGAUCCAGCCCCCAAUGUUCCGUUACCACAGAGAUUGCAAUGGGACAUCCCAAAAGAGUGUCAGGAAGUAAUCAUGAGUUCGCUGAAGGUGGCACAGACGCUGGCUAACGACGUUGAUUUCUACGCAUUUCCAUUCACUCGGUUUGGCAAGGGUGUCAUUAAGAAAUGCAGAACCAGCCCAGAUGCCUUCAUCCAAAUCGCUCUGCAACUUGCCAACUACAGGGACAAAGGUACAUUCUGUCUAACCUAUGAAUCUUCAAUGACUCGGUUGUUCCGUGAAGGGAGGACUGAGACUGUGCGUUCGUGCACCGUUGAGACAUGCAAUUUUGUGACAGCACUGGAUGGCAAGAAGCAUUCGAACGAAGAGUGCCUAAAUCUAUUCCGCAUUGCAGCCAAGAAUCACCAACACAUCAGCCGCCUUGCUAUGUCUGGAUGUGGUAUCGAUCGGCAUCUAUUCUGCCUCUACGUGGUGUCAAAGUACCUAGGAGUCAGCUCGCCAUUCCUUCAAGAGGUUCUUUCAGAGCCAUGGUGCCUCUCAACGAGCCAGACACCCAUCCAGCAGAUUGAGCUGUUCGACCUUGUGAAUCAUCCAGAGUACAUCUCCAUUGGAGGAGGUUUUGGCCCAGUUGCCGAUGAUGGUUAUGGUGUUUCUUACAUCAUCGUUGGAGACCACCUCAUCAACUUCCACAUCUCCUGCAAAGUCUCUAGCCCCUUAACGGACGCUCAUCGUUUUGGCGAAAACAUCUCCCAAGCAAUGUUAGACAUCAUCACUCUCUUCAAUUUGGACGGGAAAAAGGCCUAAAUGUAGUAAUGCCACCAGCCUGACACAGCAAAAGGAAGAAAAACACAACAAUGAGAAUCUUGCGCAUCCAAAGUUAUUUGAGCGUCCGUCUUCCAAAGGGCUUGGCGUGCGUAUGCACUGGUUUUUUUUCUGUGUCACCUUUAUUUAUUCGUUGUGUCAUGGGGGCUCAUUUUUAAAUUAAAAGAACAAAAGGCAACAACAAUGCAAAGGAAAGGGACUUGCGUUGGAAUUCUGGUGUAUGUAAGAGGCAGGGCUUGAACUUAAUAACUAAAAUUCAUUAUUUUAAUUUUUUUUUAACCCCGGGUGAAAGAGACAGGCUUAUUACAUAUUUACCCGUCCACACAUUCUGUGUUAAUCUGCAGAGUGUGUGCUAGUUUGACUGCAUGCCCAUCUGUCAUUAACAUUGGGAUUUAUGGCAGCACUGCAGGGAAUUUCCAUCACUUGCCCUUGGGAUUGAAUGGACACCAGUAUCUGGGACAAUCAAAAAAUGAAUGAGAUUGACUGGGCAAAUAACAUGGGCAAGAGUGGGCUGCAGAUUUCUGUUUAGUUGGCUCUUGUGUCUGAAGAACGUGGUCACUUUAUCCUCCAUGAAUCAUUAUUGAGGGAAUAGGGUCCCAUUUGUACCUGGUUGAUCAGACUUUUUCAAGCAUGGGCGCAGAGCACCCCGAACCUUUGAUGGUAUGUGAGGUGGUAUUGCAAUUCAAUUUUAUAAGCAGUGGCAGAUUUAAAAAAAAUAAUAAUUUAAUUGUGGACCUCUGAGCAGUUUGAUUCCUUUUAUACUUUGAAAUAACUGCUCAUGGAUAUUGAUGGAACAGGGAAGAAUAACAGGAAGCAGAGGAACAAGCCUUUGGGACCCACCAUGUCUGCAUUGACCAUGAUGCCAACCUAACUAAUCCAAUCUUCUUGCACAGCUGAGGCAUUUUAAUGCCCCAUCGCCUUCUAAGGCCAGGGGUAGAGGGGUGGUCUGUACCUUUCUAUUCCCUACCUUGGGAGCUGGGAGAGCAUUAAAAUGCCUCGUAAACGUUCCACCAUCUCCCCACGCAAUACAUCUCCCCCCCCCCCCCCCCCUUCCCAGCCACCUACUAAUCUCCAUGUGUGUAAAAUAAAACACAAUCACCUCGCAAAUCCCCCUUCACCUUAAACCUAUGUCCCCUAGUAUUUGAUAUUUCCACCCCAGGAAAAGGGCUCUGACAACCUUCCUCAUCUGUGCCUCUCAUAAUUUUAUAAACUUCCAUCAGGACAUCCCCCAGCUAUCGACGUUCCAGAGAAAACAAUUCCAAUUUGUCCAACCUCUUCUUGUAGCUAGUACUUUCUAAACCAUGCAGCAAAUAUCCUGGUGAACCUCCUCUGCACCUUUUCCGACAGCUUCCACAUCCCUCUUGUAAAGCAACAACCAGGCCUGCACACACACAAAUGUGCUUAAGCUAUAGUCUUAUACAGCUGCAAUAUUGCCUUCCAAACUUUAUACUCAAAAGUCCCAUCUGCUGAAUGCAUGCAUGUCUUCUAUUCAUCUUUGUGUCCAUUCAAUGCACUGAAUCUGUGCCAUCACAGGCGAAAGAAAAGAGUGCUUGCUUGGACAUUCCUUAAGCUAGUUUAGAUUCUGCCAUACUGACCUCUGAAAGUCUUUGUUUAAAAACCUAAAUUAUGUAAGGGUUCAGUAUGAGGUGAAGAAUCCAUUUACUUGCCAAAAGCACACAGCUGAUCGCCAGCUUAAUGGUUAGACAGUGAUCGAGCCCAGCUCUGAAUAUAACUACACUGUUAGGAGCCAGAAUGGUGCAUCAAUCCCAGGGGAAGUUGAAAGAGAACCAACCUGUGGUGUGUUGUUCCUGUGUCAAACCUACCAUUAAAUAUGAGGCUCUAUUUGGCCUCCUGGGCAUUGCUGUUUUUAUUUUGAAUCUUCUGUAUUAUUAUGGGUUUUGUUAAAAACAUUCUGUGCCAUUAUUUUCCGCAAGUCCGUGUUUUUAUAAGCUGUUAAAUUCAAGCCCUGUCUAUUGAAGCUGGUGCCUUAAAUGCAAGUUGUUUUUAAAACUAUAUAUAUAACUGACUUGUUUGCAUUAAGCGGGACCUCUGGUUAGCCAGCAUUCCUUCUCCCCAUAUGGACGGUCCUCACUUUCCACACAAUCUGGGGGGGGGGGGGGGGGGCAUUCAUUGCAUUGGACUGAUCCAAGUCGAGAUGCAAUUGAAGUCAAGUUCACUGGAGCUCUGGUGUGGGGCAGGAGGUGGGAGUUCCGAAAGGGAUAGGAGGGAACAGUUGAGGCAAAUCAAUAGUUUGGCUGGGUGGGAGGUCCCGGUGAAGCAUCCAUACAUCUAUACCCACAAUGUAGCAACAAACUAAAUAUGUUUGGGUAGAUUUCCUUUAUGUUGACCCAAAUUGUAAAUACAUGUUUUACAAAAGCACUUAACCAUUUUGUUUCCCGUUUAAGGUAGAUAUUAUUUACCCCAAUUUCUUGGAAGGUUGGAAAAAAUUCCAACCUAGCUCUUUGUUGACCCCAGCUUAAUCUUGCCUGCGUGGAAGGACGGAGCAUGUGUUAAACAGACGUGAAUGACUGGCUAACCAGGCGUUUGAGGCUGUGGCUGUAACACCAUGCGAUUUGUACUGUUUUUUGUAAAUGUUUCACUACAUGAGUAAUUCUGCAAAGGGCAUUCCUGUGAGACACUGGGCUGGGUCUGUCUGGCAGGUGAGCAACACCAAAUAGGAAACCGCAUCCACAAGGCCUUAAAUACACAAGAUAGCUCAAAACGUGUGGAAUUAAAAGGUGAUUUUAAUUAUAAUUAAAUGACAAUCGCAUUUAUAAUAACUUAUUGUGAUAUUUGCAAAAAAAAAAAAAAAACUCCUUUAUAGUUGACCAAAAGCAGAGCUGAGAUCCUGUUUCCCAGAAGGAAUGUAAGGGAUCCUCCCUGUGACACUCAAUAGGCAGAAUAAAUGUGUGAGAUUAGUUUCAAUAGGGAUUCUUUUCUCCACUUGUUUUCAUUGUGCCUUUAGGAGGAUGCACAUUUUUUUGAGCUUCCCUCUUACUGUUGAGUUUGUGGAAUUCUUACUUGCUUUAUUCAGGAAAAUAAUUAAUCACCCUCCCCUACCCCCCCCCCCCCCCCCCCCCCCCCCCCCCCCUCCUACCCACCUGUGCCUCCAGCACCGCUCAGGCAAUGAGCUGGUCAACGUUCCCUUGUUGCCGCAGUUGUUUAAGGCCAAGCCACCAAGAUUAGUGAAAGCUUUGCCAGCCCCUACCCAGCUGUGAAAGGACGAGUGUUAUUGUGCGCCCAGCAUCAGCAGGUUUUGAGAGUAGGAAGAUUGCGUUUUAAUUACUGUGUGGAGAGCAGGGUGACUACCAAAGCCACAUUUACUUGUCCACCCUGAACUUCCCUUGAGAUGGCUGUGAACCGCCGCCUUGAACUGCAGUAGCCCGUGUGACGAUGGCACUCAUGCAGGGCUGCUCAGUAGGAAGUUCCACCAUCUCAUCACAGUGACAAUGCAGGGACACUGAUCUGCUUGCAACCCACGACAAGGAGAGUGUAGAGGUGGUGCCGUUCCCCACGUGCUUGUUGCCCCUGUUGAUAACUUCUGGAACUGCUGAUGAAGAAGCCAUGGAUUGCUUUGUGUUAAUGGUUCGCAAACCAGACACUGUGCACCGAUAAGGGAGCAAGCCAUGGGUAGUUACUAGAUUGCUUUGUUGAUGCUGCGUACAGCGGACACCAUGCAUGCAUUGGUGCGGGAGCAAGUGCGAGUUUACAGUGGUAAAUGGGGUGCCUAUCAAGGAAGGCCUUUGCCUUGGAUAGCGUGAGCUUCCUGCGUGUUAUUGAAGCCUCAGGCUGCAGGGGAAUAUUCCACCACACACCUGGCUUCUGCAGACACCAGGGAAACCGACAACAGUCAGGAGGCGAUUCUCCCUGCACGAUCUCCAGCCCCUUGUAGAUAGUUGGCAACUUGGCAAUAAGAAGAGCUCUGACUCAUUACAAAUGAUUAACCUGGGUGCAAGAGGGAAUUUAUUAUGGCAUUUUCCACUUUUAAAUGCUGAUCAAUGUUCUGACAUGACCAAAGAGAGGUAAAGUUACGGGAGAAUAUUUGGCACGGCGGGUUUAUUUUUCACUUUAAGCCAUUUAAUCAUCUUGUGUAUAAUGCAUGUGAUCUGGGAACCAAAGAGUAGUCUGAUUCCAAGCUUUGCUCUGAAUUACUGCACAUCACACAGGUUUUGUUAAGGGUGUGAACAGGAAUGAGACUGGGACUGCACUUGUGAGAUAAGUGCAGUAUUAUAGUAAUUCGCUCAGCUUUGAUUGCAACAAAACCACCUCAUGUCUUCUGUGUGUUUGUUCUGCCCAUUCCUAGCAUAAUUUAAACUUGUGGGUGAAACAUUGAGCUAGUGUAGGGAACUGCUGAGAACAGGUUUGAUCAAAUUGCAGAGGAGUUCUGUCGUGCUGCCAAAGAGUGUUGCAACCAAAAUACCACAUUGUUGGUUCGAAGUGUUGAGAUACUUCAGGCCCUCUUCUCGGCCUCCUUGCUACGGGUAUUUUCUACCUUACAAUUUUUGUCAUUAACGGCUAUAGACCUUCACCAUUUGCAACUUUUGGGGAGCACCUAACUUAAUUUAAGCAGGAUGUCUGCCCAUGUCACCAAAGUGUGUCUCUUCCUCUGUGGGUAACCACAGGUACGCAGCGUGCAGCCUGGCGGCACGGCAGUUGCGUGUGUGCGGAGAACCCACAAUGUCUACUUGCAUAGCACAAUACCUCCGUCAGCCUCUGCUCAGCCAUCCUCCCUGUUGGAAAGACUUGCACUCUGGUGGUUCUUGGUCAACGGCGGCAUGUGUUUCUACUGUGAACCCGAUAUACCAUGGAGAGUUGUAUGGACAAUCACAAACUCCACCCAAAGGAGGGAGACGUAGCUAGGACAAUGCUAAGCUCGGAGCCACGACCCCAGUCUCCCAUUUGCUGGGCCUGCGCCUGUUUCACGAGCCCUUCUGACCGCACCUGUUGAGGCAGACUGAACACUAUACCUCCAUUGUUAACUUUAAACAGUUUAUAUUACCAAAAGCUGCUACACAAUCAUACAGGUUUUUAAAAACAUAAACCCCCUUUCUAUUCCUUAGCCAAUUAGGAGUGUGGAAUUUGACAUGUACAGCCUGGGGAUACCACUCCCAGAAUCCUGAGUCUGUGAAUUGAUGGAAGCUGAUUUUAGCCACAGGGUGGACAUUCCCUGUGCUAGAAGUCUAACCUGAUGAUUUAGGAUUAGGUGUAGGGAAGAAACUGCAGAUGCUGGUUUAAACCAAAGAUAGACACAAAAACCUGGAGGAACUCAGCGGAUCAGGCAGCAUCUCUGGAGAAAAGGAACAGGGUCACCUUUCAGGUCGAGACCUUUCUUCAGUCUGAAGAAGGAUCUCAUCCCGAAAUGUCACCCUGCUCCUUUUCUCCAGAGAUGCUGCCUGACCUGCUGAGUUACUCCAGCAUUUUUGUGUCUAUCUUCAGUUUAGGAUUACCAGUGAUUGCCACUGGAAAUCGCAUGUGCCCUCAUGAAAGUCAGGCUCAACUAUGGAAACCCCUCUUUGCCCAUUAUUGUCUUGUUUCAUUAAAAGCUCAGCUGAUGAAAUGGCCAUUGGGAGUCUGCUCCUAAGAGUGACACAAUAUUAGGUUGGCCCCUUGGUAAAGCCAUUUCCAUAGGACAGUGGCAGAUCUGUCUCUCAAUACCAGGUCCUGAUGUGGGGGAGGGGUGAAGAGAAUCAGAUGAGGGAGAGAAUCAGGGUGAAUUUUAUUCCAGAAGCCUGUUACUACAGCCAAAGGCUUACAAAUUUAUUUGACAUUCGGCAAGUGAAAGGAAACCACUUGCCCUAACUUUGAUAAAAAUCAUAAAAAUCCAGUGGCCUGUGUUUGCAGCUGUUUAUACUUGAAAACCGGGCGUAAUCCCCCUAUAACUGACCCAAGCUUUUAAAACUGUUGAGCUCAAAGUCCCAGUUCAGAGGCUGUAGCUGUUGACUUUUGCACCAGAUUGUUGUAUCUAUUGCACCAGAACAAACAUAAAAAAAACAGGGAUUAUAAAUCCAAUGUGUAAUACAUAAACUCUGCCUCAACAUUGUAAAUUUCUAGACAGUGAAGUGAAUCUUCGAUUUGAAUCUUCCUCUGCUUUGACUUGAUCUGCUCCUCUGCAAAGUGUGUGUUUGUUGUCACGUGCACUAAUCCCGUUUGCAGCUCCCACAUGUGAUGUUAGGAAUUGAAAUUGGCAAGAGCAACACUGGGGAAGAGCUGAAAUUCCAGGUGUAUUUCAAGCCGAACGUCUUGGAGACGAUGCGUGCACCCACCGGCAGUGAGUCACAGCCAGUCUUUUCUGAGCUGCAAUAGCACAAACCUGCAAUGGCCACACAAUAUUGCUUAACGUUACCCAUGUGUUCGGCAGGAACAGGGUAUCUCUCUCCUUUUGGUGCUCGUUUUGAAUGUCAUUGGAAUUAUUUUGUCUUUAUUAAGCUUUGUUUAUUUGCUUUUUUUAAAAAAAAAAUUACUUUUGAUCUUUUGAUGUUUGUUUUAUGUUUAUAAAUGUCAAUGCAGGUAUCAAUGCAAUCAGUAAGGGGACACUCAGAAGUAAAAUGUCAAUUGCCUGAAAA